GCCCGACCAGCUGAUGUGGCAUGAUGGCGACUUCCCGGUACAGUUUGAAGACAUGGAUCACCGGUUUCCUUGUUUUCCUCCAAAUCUCUAGCUUGUGGGCGAAUUCUGACGAAGCCUACUGCGACAAGGAAACAGGAACAUGUGACGAAAAUGUCACGGAGCAAGCAGAGAAGGACAAGUACCGGGAAGUUGACCCACGAUGGCAGAAAUACCUGGACAAAAUUGACCAAGCCUUGGAAGACUACAAGCCGUGCCCCAACCCGGACAAGAAAUGUGCCUGUCACAGUAGUGUUAUAACUAAAGACCUGAAGCUGUGGAAGGACAGAGGAGGGAUCACCAGGGAAGAGUUUGAUCACACCUUGGAGCAGGACAAGGGAACUCACUACCAGAUCAUCGACCACAAACUCUACAGACAGGACAGGUGUAUGUUCCCGGCCAGAUGUUCAGGUGUUGAACACUUCAUCCUGGAGAUGAUCUCUGAGCUACCAGACAUGGAGAUGAUCAUCAACGUGCGAGACUGGCCGCAGAGUCCCAUGUACCAGCGAGAACCCAAACCUGUCAUGUCCUUCAGUAAGACCUUUAAUGAACACUGGGACAUGAUGUACCCAGCCUGGACAUUCUGGGAGGGCGGCCCGGCUGUCUGGCCUCUCUUCCCGACAGGACUGGGCAGGUGGGACCUCAUGAGGGACUCCAUCACCAAGGCUAACGAAGAUUGGCCGUGGGAUAAGAAGGAAGACAAGGCGUUUUUCCGCGGGUCGCGUACGAGCGCUGAGCGAGACCCGCUGGUGCUGCUGUCCCGAGCUGAGCCUGACCUGGUGGACGCUCAGUACACCAAGAACCAGGCCUGGAAAUCUGACAAGGACACACUGGGGAUGCCAGCUGCCACAGAGAUCAAACUGGAGGACCACUGCAAGUACAAAUACCUGUUUAACUUCCGUGGCGUGGCAGCAAGCUUCCGUUUCAAACACCUGUUCCUGUGUCACUCCACGGUGUUCCACGUGGGGGAGGGGUGGUUAGAGUUCUUCUACCCUGCCCUCAAACCCUGGGUACACUACAUCCCUGUCAGUCAGGAUCUCAAGAAUGUCAAGGAGCUUAUUGAGUUUGCCAGGUCAAAUCAGGGUGUAGCAAAGGAAAUUGCUGAAAGGGGUUUCCAGUUCAUUUGGGACCACCUCCGUCAGGAAGAUGUGCAGUGUUACUGGAAGAAACUCCUUAAGAAGUACGCCAAACUCCUCAAGUUUACACCCACCAGAAGGAAGGAGUACAAGCAGAUUCAACCCAAGAACAGAUAACCUGUAUGGUCAGAGUAGCAGGCAUCUUCCCGGAUAGAAUUCAGGCUGUGAGGAAACUUAAAUGUAUGUGUUUGUGGGAUAAGACUACUUUAUCAUGUUACUUUCCAACACAGGUGAGCUUAUGAUUAUUCCAUAUUUGUAAUGCUAGAUUCAUGUUUGUAAUUCUGAGAAAACAGAGAUGUUGCUGUAUAGUGUCGACUGAUAACAUUUCAGUUCAGAGUUAAAAGUGUUGCGUAGAUAUUCAAACAGUAGAUUGUACAUGUAGUUGCCAUGUGUGAUUCUUACACACAAAUCUUGUUAACUGUCAAACAGAAAAUUAAGCACAAACAUUAAUUCCUUCAUAAUUGAAGGGUUGAAGACUUAAAAGAUGUUCCCACCGAAUGUUUUUCAUGUUUGUAUAUUGUGACGCACAAAAAAAUGAUGAAGUAAGAAAAAGAAGAUUGCCACAUCUCACAAUCUUGCACCAAGCAAUAAUGUUUUCUGCAGAAACUGAAUGUUACAAGAAGUGUUGUAUAUGUUGUGGUGUUGCACUGUUGAAAAAAUACAUUAUAAAAUUAAUACAUGUAUUAAUGAUAUACUAUCAAGUUACUAGUAUAGGAUAGAUAAAUUUGGUGCUGAAUUCGAUAUAUUCCACAAUGUUUCAUCAUUCAAAAAAAGCCACGUAACUUAGAAAUUAGAGACUAAUAACAAUUGCCAGAUGAAUGGCAUUUAGUGUGAUCGUACCAUGUAUGUUUUGUGAUAUUACUACUAGUACUUAAAGGUACUAGUAAGUACAUGUAUGUCUAAACUUAUGCUGCUAAUAAUAAAGCAUAAUCAUAUCUGUUACAGAAUUGUU